AUGUCCAAAUUGCCGUCGAUUUCAGUGGCUUCGGCCACAAAGUUUGUCAUUCUACUUGCCAUUAGUCUGCUCUUCGGCAAUUUUCUUAUGGUUGUACAAUCUAAUGCGAUCUCCCCGAAACGAUACCAAAAACUAAUUGGUCCAGGAUUUUCAACAAACUGGUUUAAAACAGCCGAGCCGAUGGCGAAGUACAGUGAACAAAAUAUCAUCGAUGUCCGCAACAAAAACUUCUCUAACCUCAGAUUACGAUGCAGAGCAGAUCUCUACUCGUACGAUUACACGGCGAUAAACUUCACUUGGUUUCUUGGAAACUUAACAACUGUCGUUGAUCAUUGUUUAAAAAACAAAGUGAUCCCAAUUAUUUCGUGGAUCCACCACCACGCUGAGGCAUUUGCGUCUGAAGAUGAUCGCGUAGCUUACGUGGCUUGGUGGACAGCUGUGGCAAACGAAUUAAAAGACAAGGACUAUAAACUGAGUUUUAACCUCUUUACAGAGCUGGGAACAGAUGAUUGUGGAAACAAUUGCGGCGAAAGUCUUCGUGAGAGAUCAGACAAGUACAACAAUUGGACUUCCGAUGUGGUGAAGGCAAUCCGUGCGACAGGUGGAAAGAACGAUCAACGAAUUCUCAUCCUUGGAUCGCCAGGAAAAACAGCAAAAGAUCUGGAAAAAAUCGAGCCUGAAAUCUACGAAAACGACGACUAUAUAAUGGCCGAGUGGCAUAUUUAUGCUUCAGGUCCAAACAAAAAGCCUGGCGGGCAAAAAUUUUGGAAGAAAAAUGGGACCGAUAAAGGACGAGAUAAUGUGAAACUUGCUAUUGAACCUGCGACCAACUUUACGCGAGAUAGGGGAAUUCUGACCUAUCUCGGUGCAUGGAUGCCACAAGACAACAAAAACGGAGACCUGAAUCAGCAAGAGGUCAUCAAUUUUGCUCGCUAUUUCGUGGAACAGCUUUGCAAUGCAGGUAUACCGUGGUCUUUGAACGUCCUGGAUCGUUAUUAUGAUACCAAAGAGAAGACGUGGUUGAAAGAAAAGCAGGAUAUAAAAGGACGGUCCCUUAACAUGUCAGAAGUGUUGGAAAACAUACGCGACGUGAUGCCAAAAGAUCCGAAAGCAUGUUAUUGA